AUGCCUCGAAAAGUCGACGUCUCUAGGCCCAGAAAAUCAUACAGACCCCUGCGAGCAUUGAAAGUAGCGGGCCGAGCGUUGACCCGGAGGGACACAGUGGAUCCACUUUUGACAUGCCGCUUUACAUGGCAAAGCCGCAAUCAUUUCCUAGGAAAUUUCUGGGAUAAUCUGUAUGCGCAUACCGAAACGCCUGGAACGCCUUCUCUUUUUGAUCCCGAAGUUCCACAGAGAAAGUUGCCGUUGAAUUGUACUGGAUGUGGCGCCUUCACACAAACGAGCGAUCCCCAAUUACUGGGUUACUUUGACCCAGAGAGCAAAAGAGUGAAGAAAUGGUUGAACCCACAGGUUUAUGAGCAUCGGCAAACAACGACACAGGAGGAUGAAGUUGUUGAUGAUGUUCUCAAGAACUUGGAUAAGAGCCAAUUGGAGGCUCUUGGAAUGGACCCUUCUCUGUUGAUCUCUGGGGCCGAGAGACAGGGCAUUGCCGCUCCCAAGGCACCCCCCUCAGAGAAACAACCCGUUUGCGAUCGAUGCCAUAACUUGCAGCAUUACAGCACAACGAGCGACACGGCAAAGGUCACCAUGUAUCACCCUACUGUCGAGUCGCUGCGCGAAACAAUCGAAGAGUCACCACAUAAAUACAAUCACAUAUACCACGUUAUCGAUGCUGCCGAUUUCCCAAUGUCGCUCAUCCCUCGACUUAAUGUUUUGCUGGGCGAUAUCCCAAUCAGAACCCGCAAUCGACGAUCUCGGGCCGCCAAAUUCCAGCACGAUCGCAAGACGGAACUCAGCUUUAUUAUCACCCGCGGUGAUCUGUUGGGACCUACCAAAGAAAUUGUGGACUCGAUGAUGCCAUACUUGCGUGAAGUGUUGCGAGAUGCUCUGGGACGUUUGGGAAACAGAGUCCGACUGGGCAAUGUCCGAUGUGUUAGCGCAAAGCGUUCCUGGUGGUGCAAGGAGGUCAGAGAAGAUAUUUGGCAACGGGGAGGUGCGGGCUGGAUGGUUGGUAAGGUCAAUGUAGGCAAAAGUCAACUAUUCGAAGCGGUGUAUCCCAAAGGUAGAAUGGGACCAGUGAACGGUGCUGAACGAGCAUCGGUGUCAACAUAUCCUCGACAAGUCCUGAGUGCAGAAUCAAUUGCCGCCAAACCAGCUCAAGAGGAGGACUUGGACGUUGGAGAUUUAUUACCGCCCCCUCAGCCAGCCCAGAACUAUCCCGACAUGCCUCUGGUGUCCUCGCUACCAGGCACAACAGCUUCCCCUAUUCGAGUCCCAUUUGGAAAUGGAAAGGGCGAGUUGAUCGAUCUUCCCGGUCUGGCACGCAGUGACUUGGAUUUAUUUGUGAAGGAGGAGUCCCGUCAAUCGACAAUCAUGAAGAAGCGCGUUGUGCCUGAGCAGAUCUCGAUGACGCCUGGCAAGUCGCUCAUUCUUGGUGGCGGUCUCAUUCGCAUCACACCCAAAAACCCCAACUUGGUAUUUCUCGCUUACAAUUUCACACCCUUGGACGAGCAUCUUACUCAAACCGAGAAAGCCGUUGCUUUUCAGGAGCAGACAAGAGAGUCUAUUGGCGUGCCGAGUAUCAUGCUGCCUGGUAUUGGAGACAAGAUGAAGCAUGCUGGAACAUUCAAAUUGUCUUAUGAUGUCACGAAGAAGAGAGCCGGUCCUCUCACAAGGAAGAACGCUGUCGGUCUGAACGUUGACAGACUACCCUUCCGAGUGCUAUCAACAGAUAUUCUCAUUGAAGGUGUGGGUUACGUCGAGCUCGUCGCACAAGUCCGUGCUCAUGAGGUCGCUUUGAAAAUGUUCGACCAACACCAGCAGGCCCGAGACAAUGAAUAUGUUCGACAGAAGGAAAUCGAUACCUCGGAUCCUUUUAGCGCAAUGAAGGCUCAACGAAGAGAUACAGCACCUGUCGUGCAGCCAAAGCGGAAGGAACCUGAGCCCCCAGUUGAUCCUGGGUGGCCAGCAGUCGACGUCUUCAGUCCUGAAGGUCGAUUUAUCGGCUCUCGUCGACCUAUUAACGGUUGGUUGAACAACAAGCCACGCGUGUUGGCGGAGCAUAAGAAGAGUCGACCUCGAAGGAGUAUGAAGGGUGCCAAAAAGAAGGUGAAAGCUGAGAAGAGAGCAACAGCGAGUUGA